AUGCAACGACAAACACGGCGUUUUGCGUCCAUGGCAGACGCCUCCGACGUCUCUCAGAUGGACCCAUGGAAAGAUGAUCGUUGCCGUGACUUUGUCGCUCUUAACACCAUCCAGCGACUUCGCUCCUACCACGCAGAGGCGAUGUUACCAGUUGAACCGGUAAAUAGUCUUCGGGCGAAGAAUCUGAUUCUGUUGCCAAAGACGGAGCCUGAUGCGAAAACCUGCGAGACCGAGGAAGGGUGUGCGAUUGAUAGGGCGCGAAUUCUGUUCUUUGGGCCAACCGCGUUUACUUCAUUAACAUCACAGGGACGCAUGACGGCUUCUCCACAUGCUGGUGGCCACAGCAGUAGCCGAAGUAGUUUCCCCCCCAGCGAGGAGAUGCGAAAAUCAUCUCCCGUCAAAAAAGUUUUACAAACGGCCUCCGUGCCCUUAAGCUCUCAGCCAUAUGAUUUGGGGCAACAGCGUGAUGAGGUGCCUGCGACGCCUGGGGAAGGCACCACAGAAAACAACGCCGUUGGUACGCAUCAAGGAAUUUAUCAUGAUGCAUUUGAGGCGGGGGCCACACCGCUACGGCGUCCCAUUAACGAUACCACGGCAACCCCAGCGCCCCGCCCACCCGAGUCUGCUACGGAAUUGGUUGUCACAUGCGAUGGAGACCGUGCACACGAAAAGGAGGGAACUAAUUCUCGUCAAUCUACUUCAGGUGUUGUAAAAUUUUCUUGUGCCAUUGUAGAUGUCAUCGUGGCGUACUACCAGUCCCUUCUCACCCGCGUCGUCGUGUUAGAUCGGUUUAACACCAAAGACUUGGCCUUUGCAUGGUGGGUUGUGGGGAGAAACAUGGAUGUGGCUGCCCUGCAUCACUCCACUGGGCCCAUGCGGCGUGAUUCCCUGGUAAUUCUUCUGCGUCACUUUUACUAUGAAUUGCUGAACGAGCAGCGACCGAAGAAGGGCCUCGUAUUGGACUCGACGUCGUCUCCGGCUCACGGAGACAAGCAGGAGGAGGAGGAGGAGAAGAAGAGGGGGCAGUCCGCCGCUGCUCCACAUAAGCUGGGAGAGGCAAGGGUGGGGCAGAAACCGCCUGGAGGAGACGAUGGCGACGACGGGGAAGACGAGGAAGAUACAAAACAGCAGCAGCAAGCUGCAGUGGCCACGGCGAAGACGGCAAGAGGAGGGGAAACAACGGAGGGAACUAGAAAGCGGCCGCGUAGUCGUCUUGAUUCGACCCGCACAAGCCCACCUCCAAUUAGUAGUUCUCUGCGCCGUCGCCUCCACGUAAAGGAGGAUGCAAGGAAAGCGAAACCGACCGAGGAGACACGAGCCACAGGGGUGCCUGAGGCCGUUGAGGCAUCAGCUGCAAGAGGCAGCCGGGUAAAACCGGCGUCCAGGCGGGCAGUAAAGCUAAAAGAAAAGGUGGUCGUGGGGGCCGCCGUUGUAGCGCAAAGCACAGGGCUGGGGGCACAGACGGAGCCAACCAUGUUACCGCCGCUGACAUCGGCAUCGUCAUCCGCCGCAACGAAAUUGGAGCCGACAGCACAUCAUAAACGCCAAGGCGCUGCGGGUGGUGCGGGAGCGGAGGCUCCACCUGCUGAAAGGCCACAUAGAUCCUCCCGCUCAGCGAACCUUGAAGAUAUUUGGCGGCCACUUCGCUCAACACGAAGGCGUCCUCCUCUUUCUGAAAGUAGCAGUGAUUUUGUUGAGGCAACCUCAGCCGUAGCGGAAAAGCGGCACAAUUCUGCUUUCUUCCUUAACCACAUCGGGAAACGAAUUCAUGCACGGAUGGCAAAAGAUGCCAACUACGCAUAUCUGCUUACUGCAUUUCCAGGCGGCGAUUCGUUUGUGAAAACCGAAGUGGAGGGCCACAAUGGCUUUGCAAAUGACGGAAAUCGUGAGGAAAAGUCGCUCCACGGCAUGCAUCCGGCGCUGAUGCAGUUGCUGCGCUACCACCAUGCACCCUCUCCUGCGCCAUCUGUGCCGCGUAGCGGAUUGGGCACAGGGGGCGAGGAAGAAAGGACUGCGGAAGCUGGGAACACCCAUUUGGUGGGACCAGCCGCUAAAACGGAGUUCAUGGUCGUCCACGAGAAUCAUACAGAAAAGGAAGAAAAUACAGAGGACGAGCAGCGGCUUCUACCUUCCGCGAGGGAGUCUCCUCCAGCGCGUCCUCAGGACGUGAUGACCUCCUCGGAGGUGUUUGUUAAGGUGGAGUGCGCGGACGAAGAGGUAGUUUCUGCACAGCGGCUUGGGCCCAAAGACGAGAACCAUGUUAGUGGUGGAGCCGGAGCGCCUCUUGUUCAGCUGCCCUGCCCCUUUUCAGCCCUGACGUACGCCCAGCGUUGCUUGUUAACCUGGGAGGCCUCUCUUCUUCUUGACCCUGCACCAACGCCACCUGUGAGGAGGGGGCAGCAGCCGGCAUUAAGUACCACAGCGAGUCAAUCCAAAGCUUCUGCAGCGCAGCAAAGGCACUACUACAAUUACUGGAGUAACCCAUAG